GAGCUCUUGUUGUUUAUCCAGGAGCAGCACAGAACAUGCGCGACGCUGCGAGCUCUGUGUGCCUGGAGUUUACUCUCUUGAGCUCUUCCCGAGCUUUUACACGAGUGUAGCCAGACAAAGGGAGCUGAUGUGUGUUUUGUGUGUGUGUCCCUGAUGAAAAUGUGGAUGAGGUCAGAGCGAUCUGGGAAGUAGAGAGACUUGUGUUUGGAGAGAGAUAUGCAUUUGUCGCACACUUGAUCUGACCACACAACAAAAGCAGAGGUGCUCGGCAGCUGUUUACCUGUGUGUGAACACAACGUGGACACACACACACACACACACACACACACGGACACACGGACAGACGGAGGCAUGUGCUCAGUUACCGUAGCCGUAUGGGGUUUAUGAAGAAAUAACGGCUUCACGGACAGCUGCUGUAGGCCUCUCCGCUAACGUAAACUCAGCCUCACCGGACACGGUCUCUCAUCCACCAGGAGAAAUGGGUCUAAUUUUCGCCAAACUAUGGAGUUUCUUCUGUAAUCAAGAACACAAGGUGAUAAUUGUGGGUCUGGACAACGCUGGGAAAACCACUAUACUUUAUCAGUUUUUAAUGAAUGAGGUGGUGCACACGUCUCCUACAAUCGGCAGCAAUGUGGAGGAAAUAGUGGUGAAGAAAAGCCACUUUCUGAUGUGGGAUAUUGGUGGUCAGGAGAGUCUCCGCUCCUCUUGGAACACAUACUACUCCAACACUGAGUUCAUCAUACUGGUAGUGGACAGUACUGACAGAGAGAGACUAGCCAUUUCUAAAGAAGAGCUCUACAGGAUGCUAGCACAUGAGGAUCUGCGCAAAGCUGCAGUGUUGAUCUUUGCUAAUAAGCAGGACAUGAAGGGCUGUAUGUCUGCAGCAGAGAUUUCCAAAUACCUGACCCUCAGCUCCAUCAAGGAUCAUCCCUGGCACAUCCAGUCCUGCUGUGCGCUCACUGGAGAAGGGCUGUGUCAAGGUUUAGAGUGGAUGGCCUCAAGUGCCAGGCUCAGAUAGCCUCUGAUCUUCUUGUUGGACUGAUUGACAGCCAUUUCCACCUCCUCUGGUGGCAUUGCCGGCUCAUCCCAUUGGCUGCUCAUGUUUUAUUUUUAAUCUCUUAAACAGAAUUGCUGCUCUGCAGCUAAACUCUCUGGACACCUACCUCAGCUGGGAUUUAUCAGUUACAUGAAUUACAGUUACAUGAAGUAUUUCAUCUUAAAGAGAGGCUCUACAGUGCUGCGUGUUUGUGAGGAGGGUCUGUGUUUUUAACACUCUGACAGUGGAACAGAAGUUCUCCAGAUAAAUAUAUUAAGAUAAUCGUGUGUUUUACUUUAAAUCUACUGGGAAGAAAUUAUUUGUAUGGUCAAAAUGUUACUUUUUCAAAUGGGGAAUCUUUGGGUCAAUUGUUGUCAUUGUUUGGUUAAACUUUUUGGAUAUCAAAUGUUUAAAGUGCCAAUGGUACCCAGCAACACCACCACAUAUCAUGAAAACACUUGAGCAUAUCACUUCGUACACAUUACCUCAAUCUUUAGUUACAGUAGAGGAUGCUGUUACCAUUUUAGACAUGGCCAUUACAGCUUGAAUGUCACUGAUGUAAGAUGCAAUUUAAAGAAGGGGGUUGGGAGGGGAAAUGGCACACUUUAAAAAUGCAGCAGUUGGCUGGAUUUAUUGUAGUGUCUGUUACAAGUGUAUUAAGUAACCAUUCUCCUUGCUGGAGUGUGGUUAUAGCAUAAAGGUCCUUUGGUUUUUAUGAGGAAAUAAUAAUGUUCAAAAGUAACACAGUAUUAUGAUUUUUUUUUUAUUAUCAUCUUUUCAUCUCAAUCCUCUUGGUGCAAAUAUUCUCUUCAUAUAAUCUUCACAGGUCAACCAGCCAUAAUAGCUGUGUCUGUUGAUAUAUAAGUGAUUUCCAUUUUAUUCCGAUUUGUUCAUCUUCCUUUUUUCAGGUAAUAAGAAACAAAAUGAACACAUGAGCACAAGUUCUUAUUUGUUUGCGUGGUGAUUUUGCCAAUAUGCUCAUUGGUUCUAGAUUAAACUAG